AUGUCUUGGCAAGCCUACACUGACAACUUGUUAGCAACCGGGAAGGUCGACAAGGCCACCAUCUACUCGAGAGCGGGUGACACAAUUUGGGCAAGCUCCGGCGGGCUUGCCUUGGAACCCUCAGAGAUCAAGGAGAUAUCCCAGGGCUUUGACAACGCAGCAGGGUUGCAGGCCAACGGGUUGCACAUCCAGGGCCAGAAGUUCAUGCUUUUGCGCGCAGACGAGCGCUCGAUCUACGGGCGCCAUGAGGCGGAGGGCGUCGUUGCCGUGCGCACCAAGCAGACCAUCCUCAUCGCGCACUACCCCGCGGGCGUGCAGGCUGGUGAGGCCACCAAGAUCGUGGAGCAGUUGGCCGACUACUUGAUCAGUGUCCAGUACUAA